ACGCCCGCCGGCUUGCGUCCGCUUGGUUGCUGCAACCCUGUAGUGUAAGGUGGCGCAUCACCACCUCUUCCACUGACGGUCUCGCGGACAAGUUGGCGUAAAGCUUCAAGAAGCGUCCCCUCCUCAACCACCGCCUCAAGUCUCUCUGGAUACCUGUCCGAAAAAUCCAGGUCGUUCCAACAUCUUACUCCCACUCCUCCGAUCCCGGUUCCGAAUCCUCUCCGCUUUCGCCUCCGGCUAACUUAAAAGCAGAUUUUCCCGGGGGAUAAAUCACGGGAAUGCCGCCAGUCCCUACUCUCCCACCUUUCUCCUCUGCCAGCCGCCCCUCCCCUCCUCUCUCCUCGUACUCCAAGGACGACAAGGGCAAGAAACCGAAACCCUUCGCCCCGCCGCUCUCGCCCCCGCGCCGCCUCCCCCUUCUCCUCCUCUCUGCCCUCUGCCUCCUCGUCGGCGUCGGCGGGAUCGUAUUCGCCGCCGUUGUCCUCCGCCGCCCUCCCAGGACCAUCACCAUCAUUCGAUGCGGCCGGGCCGAGGAUGCUCUCAGGACCUUCCGCUCAAAGUCCCUCGCCGGUGACAAAGAUGGCGUCGUCGCGCGGCCCAAGAUCCUCGGCUUCGUCGGGGUCCAGACCAGCUUCUCCUCGGCCGAUCGCCGAGCGGCACUCCGGAGUACCUGGUUCCCCUCCGAUCCGGAGGGCUUGGGAAGCUUGGAACGUGCUACUGGAUUAGCUUUUAGAUUUGUGAUUGGGAGAACAAAAGAUUCAAAAAAAAUGGCUGAUCUUCGGAAAGAGAUUGACGUGUACCAUGACUUCAUGCUUAUAGAUGUUGAAGAAGAUUACAUAAGGCUGCCUCAAAAGACGUUAGCUUUUUUUAAAGCAGCUUUCAACCUUUUCGAUGCAGACUUUUACAUCAAAGCUGAUGAUGAUAUUUAUCUGAGGCCAGAUCGGCUUGCAACUCUUCUUGCUAAGGAUCGACCCCAUCAUCUUACCUACAUUGGUUGCAUGAAAAAGGGCCCAGUCAUCACUGAUCCAAAGAUGAGAUGGUAUGAAAGUUCAGGCCAUUUGAUCGGAAAUGAAUAUUUUCUGCAUGCGUAUGGUCCCAUAUAUGCCCUGUCUGCUGAGGUGGUAGCUUCAUUGGCAAUUGCAAGAAAUGAUAGUUUGAGAAUGUUCAGCAAUGAGGAUGUCACUAUCGGUUCAUGGAUGCUUGCUAUGAAUGUCAAUCAUGAAGAUAAUCGGGCAAUAUGUGAUCCUAAAUGCACACCCACCUCUAUUGCUGUCUGGGACAUCCCAAGAUGUUCAGUAGGUGAGAGGACCAGGAUGAUGGUAUGCAGUUGGUUCAGAACUGGAAUGGUAAUGGUAUAUAGAUCGUCUCUCUUCUAUUCAUUUGGUUGGACAUGGCAUAAGGAGAAACUGCAUGCAACAUGAUGACCUUAACUAGGACAUGGCAUAGGGCAAAAAGGACGAGACCAAAUUGCCAAAUUAAGUGUUCACUUGUCCGAAGAGCCUGGGGGAAGUGGUGGGGGGGCUGUAAGCCACUCCGUGGAAGCGUGUGCCAUGGUUAUGAGUGCUUCUUGUGAAUCAAAUACUUCCUAAUCAGAACUCAGCCGUAAAAUUUUCCAAAAACUUGGAGAUGGAUGUUCCAUAUAUUUGUAACUUAUAUAAUUAAGUUGACAUAAACAAACAUAAAUCAACUCUUCUCAGAGCUCCCUUUUAUAUUAUUUAAUCAUCUUAUCAACCUCAUUUCAAAGAUGUUCCAUAAUGGAUGAGUUGGAAAGAGGUACAACAAACAAAGGCACUUGUCAUCUGAUUACAAUGUAACUUUUGCAUGCAUGCCCUCGAUAACAUAUGCUUGAAUCAUGCUGAUUUGUUUGAUUUUUCUGCUCCUAAUAUCAUUCCUGCACCACACACCAGUAUUUACAAUUUAAUCAAAUUUUAUAUUGGGCAUAUUUUGUGAUUAGAUUCUCGUUUCUUGUUGAUCAAAUUGUGAAAAGGAUCUCAUAGAUCCGAUGGUUAGACCAUUUAUUGUAAUAAAUUAGUUGGUUGAAC